UUGUUUUUUUCUGGGGGUGUUUUCUUUUCUCUCUCUGUCUUGAAGAAGAAGAAAAGAAGAAAAACCCUCUUAAAUACUUCACUCCAGGGAGAAGGAAAAGCAAGAUUUUUCAGUCCAAGGAAACCAGCAAUUGGAACCGUGCCGUAGUGGAAAAUGUUUAGGAACCAGUACGAUACCGAUGUGACGACAUGGAGCCCUGCAGGGCGGUUGUUCCAAGUGGAGUACGCGAUGGAGGCUGUGAAGCAGGGUUCGGCGGCGAUCGGUCUCCGAUCCAAGACCCAUGUGGUCUUGGGUUGCGUCAACAAGGCUAACUCCGAGUUGUCUUCUCACCAGAAGAAGAUCUUCAAAGUCGACGACCACAUCGGCGUCGCGAUCGCCGGUCUCACUGCCGACGGACGCGUCCUAUCUCGGUAUAUGCGAAACGAGUGUAUCAACUACAGCUUCACGUACGAGUCGCCGCUUCCAGUGGGGAGACUCGUCGUCCAGCUCGCCGAUAAAGCCCAGGUGUGCACCCAACGCUCUUGGAAACGACCUUAUGGUGUUGGCCUGUUGGUGGCUGGCUUGGAUGAAUCUGGUGCUCAUCUCUACUACAACUGCCCAAGUGGAAAUUACUUUGAGUACCAAGCUUUUGCGAUUGGAUCCCGCUCACAAGCUGCAAAGACAUACUUGGAACGCAGGUUUGAGAACUUUAAGGAUUCCUCACGGGAUGAUCUGGUCAAGGAUGCUCUUAUGGCAAUAAGGGAGACCUUGCAAGGAGAAACUUUCAAAAGCUCAAUAUGUACAGUUGCUGUGGUAGGGGUUGGGGAGCCAUUCCAUAUUUUGGAUCAGAAUACUGUACAACAAAUGAUUGAUGCCUUUGACAUUGUGGGAGAGCAAGAAGACCCUGCUGCCGAACCUGAUGCUGCUGCAGGACAGGAGGCUGCAGCUGAGCCAAGUGCUGCUGCUGAUCAGGGCGGUUCUACUGAUGAAGGUGUGGCCCCAAUGGAUAUUUGACGAUGAAAGAAUCAACGUUCCAUCCUUCUUUUUAGAUGACGUUUUCUAGCAUGUGUUUGCAGAUUUGAGUUAGGCAAUGGUAGACAUUAUUGUGUUGGAUGUUUUUUCCUACUUUAUUAUGCAAAUUAUCUUUACCCUUGGUGCAAAGAUGCAAUGCUACCCUGAACUGAAACUUAAAACUACAUUUACAUUUAUACUCAAGAUCCAGUCAUUGAAGUUGUUGACUUAUUUAA